CGAAAAAAAAAGGUAUUUUAGGCAGUAAAGCUAUGUGAAAUGAGCUAUGGAGGAGAUUUGAGUACCUUUCGGCUUACGUGCCUAAUAUUCCAAUGUAUCUGAAACUCAAAUACAUUUUACAAAGAAUGUUCUUAUUCAAUGUAAUAGCUAGAGUACAUGUAAAGCCCACGGAAAAGAAAAAAUUCGAUGGAUAUAGUUUAGGAAAAAUCAUAGAAGCUUCCUCUAGUAACAACCACGUGUGAAGCACCCCUAUCACAUAUCACAAAUGACCAAUCUCUUGGCAAUUUCGUGUCUGUAUAUAAGUGUGCAUGUACAAGAUCAAUUCUCGCAACCUAUAAACAAUUUCCUAAGACUCGUUUGACAAACCAAAAAAACUUCUUAAAAGUCAAAAUUUGCUCUAGACCCUCCAAUUUUCCGUAAAAAACUCCAUAAAAGUCUCUGUCCCUCUUUGCCAACCAAAAUCUACAAACACACAUUAUUCUUCGACUAUCUUAUUCAUAGCGAUCACAACCCCAAAAAAAGAAAUCCCCCUAAUCAAAAAAAAAAAAAAACUAAGAAGAGAUUUUAUCAUUAUUCUAUUUCCAUUUUUUGAAAAAAUCAAGCAUUUGACUUUUGUGAUAAGAUUUGAAGAAAGAGAUGAGGAAUGAAACGGGUGGUACAAUGGUCGUUGAUCUCCAAACCGAUCCAUAUAACAACAAUCACAGUCGCCAUAAUCUGAGCCGCGACGGAAUAUUCCCUCCCGACGAUCCCAUCAUUGUCAACAGCAACGUAACUCACCAGCGGUUUAGCAGCGUCUCCGCCUCGACCAUGAGCAGCGGUCCGGCCAGCGGAGAAGGUUCUCCUUGCGUAAUGUCGCCUUGGGCCCGCGUGUCGCCCCCUUGGGGUGCGGAUUUCAACGAAGACAAUGUCCUCGAGACCAACGGUCUCAUUGGAUCUAUUGUAAGAAAAGAAGGGCAUAUAUACUCGCUAGCCGCUUCUGGUGACCUUCUCUACACGGGCUCCGAUUCGAAGAACAUUAGGGUUUGGAAGAAUUUGAAGGAACACGCCGGGUUUAAAUCCAGUAGUGGGCUCAUUAAAGCCAUUGUGAUAUUCGGAGACCGAAUCUUUACAGGCCAUCAAGAUGGGAAGAUCCGGAUUUGGAAGGUUUCGAAGAGAAAACCGGGAAAACACAAGCGGGUUGGAACAUUGCCGACAUUUAAAUCAAUGGUCAAGAGCUCCGUAAACCCUAAGCAUUUCAUGGAGGUACGCCGCAACAGAAACUCCGUGAAGACGAAGCAUAACGACGCCGUGUCUAGUCUUAGCCUGGACGUGGAGCUUGGAUUGUUGUACUCGAGUUCUUGGGACACGACAAUCAAAGUGUGGAGAAUCUCGGAUUCAAAAUGUUUGGAAUCGAUACAAGCACACGAUGACGCGAUAAACUCUGUAAUGUCCGGUUUCGAUGACUUGGUGUUCACGGGAUCCGCAGACGGCACUGUUAAAGUGUGGAAACGUGAGUUGCAAGGCAAAGGAACAAAACAUACGUUAGCUCAAGUUUUGCUCAAGCAAGAAAAUGCAGUCACGGCGUUGGCCGUAAAAUCAAAAUCUUCCAUCGUAUACUGCGGUUCCUCGGACGGGCUAGUGAACUAUUGGGAGCGUUCAAAACGGUCAUUCACCGGCGGAAUACUCAAAGGCCACAAAUCCGCAGUGCUUUGUCUAGCUAUAGCGGGGAACUUGCUGUUGAGUGGUUCCGCCGACAAGAACAUAUGCGUAUGGAGGCGGGACCCGUCUGACAAGUCCCAUCAGUGUCUCUCUGUUUUGACGGGACACAUGGGACCGGUCAAGUGCCUAGCCGUGGAGGAGGAACGGGCUUGUCAUAAGGGAGCAAAAGCCUCUGUGGCAGAGGGGGACCGGAAGUGGAUUGUAUACAGCGGAAGUUUGGACAAGUCGGUGAAAGUGUGGCGUGUGUCCGAGAGGAUGGCCACGUGGAGGGAAAUGGACGAGCCAGCAGCAUCUUCAGAGCGGAAGAGCUCUUCCUCUCCCCAUGAAGGGAGUGGCGCGUGGAGUUCACGCAAUGUGGAAAAAUAAAAAAAGAGUGGAGGAGCAUAGUGAUUAUUUACGAGUGUCCCGUCGUCGUUACUCAGUCACGAGGGCCAUCUUCACGCCGGGGAUGAGUCAAAAGGGUUGAUUUCAAUUUAAUGACCAAGUCAACGGGAGAGGUUUGUGCCACGUUAGCUGGUGAGAGAAUCAAAGUCGGGUUAAUGGUUUUCACGUAAUGAGUUUUUUCGCUUAAUUUUUCUGAAAAAAAAUUGUUUGAAACGAAAUUGUAUAUUAUUAUUUUUUCCUUAAAUUUGUAAAAUAACAAGAACAAAGACCGAAUCAAACAUGUUUGUUUUUCUUUAA